AUGUUGCAGUGCCUGGAUGGAGUGAAGCACCUACUUGGCGCGCUCCUCAAGUGCUGCGACUUCGACCUCAAGCAGCCCAAGGGCCUAGAGGAUCCGGAGGUGCUUGCUAGGGAGACCGUGUUUAGCGUGAGCGAGGUCGAGGCGUUGUAUGAGCUGUUCAAGAAUAUCAGCAGUGCCGUUAUUGAUGAUGGACUGAUCAACAAGGAGGAGUUUCAGUUGGCGUUGUUCAAGACUAACAAGAAGGAGAGUUUGUUUGCUGAUCGUGUAUUUGACUUGUUUGAUACAAAACACAAUGGAAUUCUUGGAUUUGAAGAAUUUGCCCGGGCGCUCUCAGUAUUUCAUCCCAAUGCUCCCCUAGAUGAGAAGAUUGAGUUUUCAUUCCAACUAUAUGACCUCAAGCAACAAGGCUUCAUUGAAAGACAGGAGGUAAAGCAAAUGGUUGUUGCUACACUUGCGGAGUCAGGAAUGAAUCUUUCAGAUGAGGUCAUAGAGAGCAUCAUUGAUAAGACUUUUGAGGAGGCAGACACAACGCAUGAUGGGAAAAUUGACAAAGAAGAAUGGCGCAAUUUAGUAGUGAGGCAUCCCUCCUUAUUGAAGAACAUGACACUACAAUAUCUCAACCAGAGGAUCCUCGCAUUGUACGGAUCCGCGGCGCAGGCGAUCGAAUCGACCUCAGGAGUCAUCCUCAGCCCCCAGCAGCAGCAGCAGCACAUUGUGGAGUCGCCCCAGCCCCCUACCCCUGCUGCACAAUUUACUUCAUCACCAAUUUUGCGUGAUUAUAUUUUUUUGAGUUACUCUCAUGUUGUAACUUGUCUGCCACUGCCCCUCGCUGUUGCUGUGGGCAAGGAACGAAGCGCUCUUUCGUUCUCAAUGGGGCACAGUUUCUUUUCGAUGCACCGGAUAGCCUCUCGCUCGGGUUUGCUUGGUAGGAGAUGGUACAGCUCUGCUGCAAAGGGGGGCCCUUCGAUCGCCGGCGUAGGCGACAUCAUUGCUGUCGCAUCAGGAAAAGGCGGCGUCGGCAAGUCCACCACUGCAGUUAACGUUGCUGUAGCACUUGCCAAGGAGUUUAAGCUUCAGGUUGGUUUGCUAGAUGCUGACAUAUAUGGACCAUCCAUUCCCACAAUGAUGAAUCUCCAUGCCAAGCCUGAAGUAAGUGAAGACAUGAAGAUGAUUCCAGUUGAGAACCAUGGUGUGCGAUGCAUGUCCAUUGGUUUUCUUGUAGACAAAGACGCACCAAUUGUUUGGAGAGGUCCUAUGGUAAUGAGUGCUCUUGAGAAGAUGACAAGGGGAGUUGCUUGGGGGGACCUUGAUAUUCUUGUUGUUGAUAUGCCCCCAGGCACUGGUGAUGCUCAACUAUCGAUGUCCCAAAGGCUUCGGUUAUCUGGUGCUUUAAUUGUUUCAACUCCUCAAGAUAUUGCUCUUAUUGAUGCUAGAAGAGGAGCCAACAUGUUCCGCAAAGUUCAAGUUCCUAUUCUGGGAUUGGUAGAGAAUAUGAGUUGCUUUAAGUGCCCAAAAUGUGGUGAGAAAUCUUACAUCUUCGGGGAAGGUGGAGCACAGAGAACUGCAGAGGAAAUGGACAUGAAAUUACUUGGUGAUGUACCUCUUGAAAUCAGCAUCAGAACAGGUUCAGACGAAGGCAAGCCUAUCGUUGUAUCAUCACCAGACUCUGCAUCUGCGCAAGCGUACAUAAAUGUUGCUGAGAAGGUGACUCAAAGGCUCAAUGAGCUGGCAGAGGAGCGACGGAUGGGCCCAGAAAUCUUGCUUUGA